AAAUGCUACAGUCAAAACUUAAUCAUGCACCCUUUUAAUGACUCUAUAAAUAUUCCCUACUCACCCUUCUCUUCACCACCGAUAAACACUCUUGACUCUUCUUCUUCUUCUUCUUCCAUUCACUGUUCUUGCCUCUCUGGUUCCUUCUCAAACACAUCUUCAUCAAACGGUGUGAAAAAAGAGCAUGGAGUUUCCAAUGGUGCUCCUGAGGCUUGCAGAGUGGGUGUUGUACCAGUUUCUUGCCAACUCUUACUAUAGAGCAGCAAGAAAAAUGAAAAGUUAUGGGUUCCAUUUCGGGUAUUUGUCAUCCAAACCACCCCCUCAACCUUCCUCUUUCCCUAGUGUUGUCAAAUAUGAUUUUGAGGGUAGAGAGUCACAGACACUUGUGGCUUGUGACAUUCAUAGAGUCCUUUUGAGGUCCCACUCUUUCUUUCCUUAUUUCAUGCUUGUUGCCUUUGAAGGUGGCAGCAUUUUCAGGGCAUUCCUCUUGCUUUUGUCUUGUCCUGUGUUGUGGAUUUUGAACCAUGAGCUAAGACUUAAGGUCAUGACUUUCAUCACCUUUUGUGGGCUAAGAACAAAUGCCAUGGAUAGUAUAUCAAGGGCGGUUUUACCCAAGUUUUAUCUGGAGAAUCUCAACCUUCAUGCUUACGAGGUUCUGGCCUCAGCAGGGUCUAAAGUUGUCUUCACGAGUGUGCCUAGAGUUAUGGUGGAAGGGUUUCUUAAGGAGUAUUUGAGCGUUGGUGCUGUUGUAGGCACAGAGUUGCACACUGUUGGUUGCUACUUCAGUGGUUUUCUUUCUGGUUCUGGUUUACUUGUGAAGCAUAGAGCACUGAAGGAUUACUUUGGAGACACAAAACCUGAUAUUGGGAUUGGAAGCUCUACUGUUCAUGAUCAUCUUUUCCUCUCCCUUUGCAAGGAAGCAUAUGUGGUGAACAAUGAAGAGAGCAAGAGCAACUCUAGCUCAGUGAUGCCAAGGGAAAAAUAUCCAAAGCCCUUAAUAUUUCAUGAUGGAAGACUAGCAUUCCUGCCAACACCCUCAGCAGCUCUGUGCAUGUUCAUGUGGUUUCCAUUUGGAAUUGUUUUGGCCAUUUAUAGAAUCCUUCUGGGAAUUCUACUUCCUUAUGGUUGGGCACUGUCAUUAGGGGUUUGGAGUGGCUUAAAUCUUCAAAUCAAAGGGAUUCUCCCUGAAAAAUCAGAGCAAAAGCAAGGGGUUCUCUAUGUUUGCACUCACAGGACUCUUCUUGAUCCUGUUUUCCUAAGCACAUGUCUGGCAAAGCCUUUGACUGCAGUGACCUACAGCUUGAGUAAGGUGUCUGAGUUGAUAGCCCCUAUAAGGACAGUGAGACUAACAAGGGACAGAACAAAAGAUGGUGAAACAAUGCAAAGGCUUCUGAGAGAAGGGGAUUUGGUGGUGUGUCCUGAAGGAACAACUUGUAGGGAACCUUAUUUACUGAGGUUCAGCUCACUGUUUGCAGAAUUGGCUGAUGAGAUUGUGCCGGUUGCUAUCAAUACUCAUGUCAGCAUGUUCUAUGGAACCACUGCAAGCGGGUUGAAAUGCUUGGACCCUAUUUUCUUUCUCAUGAAUCCGAGGCCAAGCUGUUACAUUCAGGUUCUUGGAAAACUUCCCAGAGAACUUACAUGUGCUGGAGGAAGAUCAAGCUGUGAAGUUGCAAACUUUAUACAGAAACAGUUAGCUGGUGCUUUGGGAUUUGAGUGCACCACACUCACAAGGAGGGAUAAGUACUUGAUGCUGGCGGGGAAUGAAGGGAUUGUCAAACAACACAAGUGCCCAACAAAGUGUUAAUCGAUGUGGGACUUGGGUUACCACUAAUCUUUUGAGAUUUCAUCUUGUACACUUUUUUUUCUUUGCUGCCUUAUUUAUGUUUUUGUUUUCGUUAGAUAUUACAAGUAUGAUUGUGAUAUAUGAUGCUAAUGUUUUAGAAGUAAAUGAGCCUUACGAAUCUAAGAGUAUAUUGCAAGUACAACACAAGUGCAAACAUCGU